AUUAUAAUUUUAAACAAAUUAAUAGAAUCUUGAUUGUAUGGAGCCUGCAGAUAACAGGCCCGAAUGGGGUAAAACCUGUAGUAAAGGCUGCCUGUUGCCGCAGCGCGUUGUUACUACUCUGAUAGGUUUCUUUGCACUAGUCUGGGCAUAUACGCACCGUGUCUCAAUUUCGCAUGUUAUCACAGAACUGGUUGUACCCAUAAAUCGCACAGAUUCAAACACUGAACAGGAGGAUGUGUGUCCACCAGAGGAAGCCGAUGGCGGCCGAGAGAAUUUGGGCAUAUACGAAUGGUCGGAGCAGAUGCAGGGAUAUGUGCUGGGUAGCUUUUAUAUUGGCUACCUGAUUACACAUAUGCCCGGUGGCAUUGUGGCUGACAAAUAUGGUGCCAAAUGGGUAUUGGCCAUCUGCAUGGGUGUCUCGACUCUAUGCACUAUUUUCUGCCCGUUAGCCAUUGAAUAUGGCGAACAAUGGGGCUUGAUGUGUGUCCGCAUUAUGAUGGGCGCUGCCCAGGGACUCCUGUUUCCCUCUCUGACUACACUCCUCUCGGCGUGGGUGCCCACUAAGGAGCGCGGUAAAUUGGGCACCUUGUGCUACAGUGGCGUGACUGCCGGUACAGUCGUUAGCAACUUAGGCUCUGGUCUUAUGCUCCAUGCUUUUCAUUGGUCGGUUACGCUGUAUGUGUUUGCUAUUGUAACUGCGAUCUGGUUUAUAAUAUUCAUUUUCUUAUGCAGCAGCGAGCCCUCUUCGCAUUUGUGUAUAAAGCCGAAAGAGAUGGCCUAUCUAGAUGAGGAGAUACCAAAAAAGUCUGGUAACAAGGUGCCAAUACCAUGGAAAGAAAUUAUGUUAAGUAAGGAAAUGUUCGCGGUGAUCGUUAGUCAGAUUGGACACGACUGGGGCUACUUUGUGAUGAUCUCUUGUUUGCCCAAGUAUAUGGCCAAUGUACUUCAGUUUUCAGUUCGGUCCAAUGGUAUCGUUACAGCCUUACCAUUUAUUGCCAUGUUUCUUAGCACUCUGUUGUUUGGCCACGUGGCUGAUUGGAUUAUACGUUCAGGCAAACUUACGAUUACAGUCGAACGUAAAUUGUUUACAAUUAUUGGUGCCUUUUUUCCGGGAUUGUUUAUGGUGCUAGCCUCGUAUGCUGGCUGUAAUAAGACUCUGGUUGUUACCCUAUUUACCAUAUCAAUGUUUGUUAUGGGCCCGUAUUAUAGCGGACAGAAACUGACCCCAUUAGACAUGGCACCCAGUUACUCUGGCACUAUCAUGGCCAUAACUAAUGGUCUUGGCUCUCUCGCCGGCAUGCUCUCGCCUCCUAUUGUUGGACUUCUUACGCCCAAUGCAACUAUGAAUGAGUGGCGAAUGGUAUUCUGGUUGGGCUUUGCCAUAUUAGUUAUAUCGGCUAUUGUAUUUGCAAUUUGGGGCACGGCCGAGGUACAGCCCUACGAUCCGAGGUUUGCCGAGAAGAAAGCGGGCUAAGUACAUAAUGCAAAAUGCAACCUAUAAUUUAUCUAAAUAUGCAACAUCGAAGAAAUUUAAUAUAAGGCAAGCUAAUCGAUAAAGUAAAGCGAUUUUAAUCAAGACCUGUUAGCGACAGGCUGCCCUUGGAGUCCACUCAACCUGACAGACGGCGCGAUAGGCUGACAUGCCAUUAGAAUCGUAAAAUAUGCAGACUUGCCAAUUAUAUGCCCCAUUUUUCACGAUAAGUCUACCACAAAACAGAAGUCAGAAAAAAAAGAAAGCAGAAAAACUGUCAACAUGUCUUUGAUUUGUGUGUCAUUUCUUUUGUAUGGUUUUUGUUACAUAGAUUUAAAAUUAUAUGUAUAUAUAUA